AUGGUGGAAUACGCAAACAUGAUUGGCGGACUAGCCACUCCGAAGCGUGAUGGCAAUGUCCAUCAUCGGGGUGUUUUAACAGAUGCAAGCUCUCGCAUGAAUAGGCAACGCACCAACAGCUUCAAUACGAAACCACAAUACCAAUACCUCUCACCAGAUUCUUUUACCACCCCUGAUUGCAAAGGAUUCAAUAUUGAUUAUUAUCUCGAUACAUCUGGCAAGUUAUCUCAAUCACCUCAGAGAAGAUUGAGACGCGAUACUAGUACUAGAGCAUUACGAAGUCUUGCUCGUUAUCAACAAACUCGAGGAAAUUGCAGUCAAUACGACAUAGCUCUAUACACACCUUCAAAGCUCUCUAAGGUAAUGAUUGCUGAGUACGAGCUCGACAUUUCAGACAUUGAAACACCUCUUGCAACAAUGCCUACCAGACUGUCUCUCAAUAAGAAAUUGCCGCCUAAGCCGAUUUUCCGCCUCGAAAACUCGCCCGAGCGCCGUGGUUUACUGGAUGCGACCGACCUUAGUUCGUCCGCUUUGCAAUUUCCUAUUCUUCAGCCAAAAUCUGUUGCUAAGAAAUCCACGGUGGAAGAAAUUUCUCUCACAGACUCUGUUGAUACAGAAUCUCAUACUCAAGAUUCCGCCUUUGUUGUCACACCAUCAUUCUCCUACAAUUCGGACACCGAUUCUGUUUUUGAAGUUGGCACUGCUCAGAUUGGCACUGCUUAUGGCACCUCGACAAAUCUACAACUCUUGACUCCUCCAGAAGACAAAAAUAUGGUAGUCCCAAGCGUUCGUGCGACAAAUGCUAGCAUGAAGCGUCUCCAGUUCAAUCAAGCUAAACUGGCCAAUACACCCGAAACAGACGCAGCUAAAGAACACGAUCUCGAAGUUCCAAGCGGUAAUGGCCUGGCAUCCCCAGGUCACAUUGCUUCCAUGAAGGAGAAUGGUAGUCCCUUGACAAAAAAUCAACGUCGUAGCCGAUCCAGCUUAAUAAAUGAUGAAAGCAGCUCCCACAAGAUCGUUGAUAAUGUCAUUUCCCGCUUUUCUACACAUCAGGAAACUUUUUUGUCCACGAAUAUUGGUAACGAAGAUGAGUCUUCCGUCAGAAGUACGAUCGAAGUUAGCAGUAAUGAUGGUUUAAACGACCUUUCAACCAAUGUCAUUAUUGAUGGCUCUGAUGGCGUAAAAGCAAUUGUUGCUCAAAAUACCCCCAGCCAUGAUCUUACUGAAAAAAUCACUGACAAACAGCUCAAAGUCACCGAUCAAGGAGACCUUUCUCAAGCCACUGCUAUUCCCAACAAUCAAGAAGACCUCAUCCAACUCGCUCCCAAUACCGCCAUUCAAGCUAUCGCUCAUGGUGGUCCAAUUGGCCGAUCUGAGAGCCAAACAACUAUAGGUAGAAAGAGAGAAAUGUCGCUGCUUCCCUCCACGCGCUUUGCUAGAAACGCCGAUAGGAUUGUUCUAGGCACGUCGCCACCUUAUUCUAAGGUCAGAACUCGUCUCUACAUUGACGAAUUCCCUGAAGAUAUUGAGCAAUCAAAGCAUGUCCUUGAAAAGAUUGCUAGAAACACGACGCCGGUAGCAAAGCCAAAGGGACUGAGCGCUGCCACCUCGAAGUUUAGUAAACGCAAGUCAUCUCUGCCAGAUUCUGCCGAAAAUAAAACCCUUAAGCCGACCGAACUCACUCUGGAGAAGAGACAAUCGUUGGCAGAACGUCUGUCAAAGCCAACUGCCUCCUCUGCAGCUCGCGCUAAUGCCAAUGCGAAAUCCCGCAAGCCAACGCCUGCUUCAAAGUCUAGUGCGAUGUCUUCUGUCAAGAAUGCUGGAAGAGGGCUCAAGAGUCGCCUUUCCGGAAUGAUGAGAAAUCGACGUACAGCAGAAGUGGCUGUUAUGGACCUACCUACUUCCGCUUCUGGCAGUGCUCCAGAACAAACAAUUGCUCAGCACAAUAUUCCUACUGUUAUCUUGGAACAGGCACCUGAAAUUGAUCCCUUCGUCAAUGAACGCGACGUUGGCGAGGAGUUCGCGUCGUUUUACAGUGAAAUAACCUACCUUGCUGAACAAGUCAAUCAAGUUGGUCCAACCGAACAUGCCACCAACGGUUCAACUGGCCGAAGCAAACUUGUUAGCUCUCAGGUUGUUGAAACUUCCAAUGAAGCUGUCGAUUCAACCGCACAGGUGGCCGAUUAUCCUACAUCAGUUGCACAACAUUCUGUGAUGUCCCUUGCUCAAGUCGAUGCCAUUUUCAGAGAACAAAAUGCACCACCCUCAAACUCUGUUAUUGAACACAGAAUUCAAACUUUGUCAUUGAGUGUACCUAUGCGUGCUCCUCCAACAAUUCCGAGUUCAUAUGCCCAAGUUCAAGGAAACGGUCAAAAUAACGUCCAAGUCACUGCUGGAGAUGGUGCAUCAGACCCACCACCCAGCGAGAACGGCAAUGACGGCCAUGUGCAUGAGCAAUUCCUAUCACUAUCCGUCGAGGACUCGCUUACUGAAAUCAAGAACACGCUUGAUUCCCUCCGACAUGCCCUUACUAUUGAACGAGACCCAGCUCAACAGAUCGUUCUUGCUGGUUGUGCUGUAUUCCUCACACACAAAGUUCAAGCUAUCAAUAACAACCGCAAGCUUCUUUUGCUUUUACAGCAAGCACAGGAUGUUAUGGUGCUUGACACUUCAGUCGAAGCUUUAGCAGCCAAGAGAACUCUGCAACAAUUGGGCCAUCGAGUUGACGCCGCGGUUGUCAAUCAUAACUAA